AUGCGCCUUCUCGACUCGGCAACUUUGGAGAUCAAAGAGUUCUUCAGCGAUGACACUCCAGCAUACGCAAUUCUCUCGCACAGGUGGCUAGAUGGUGAGGUGUCCCUGAAAGACAUGCAGGAUGGCACAGCCACCAGCAAGGCAGGCUACCAUAAAAUCAAGCGAUGCUGCGACCAGGCCCUCAAAGAUGGGCUCGGGUUCGCGUGGGUCGAUACCUGCUGCAUCGAUAAGACCAGUAGUGCGGAGCUGUCCGAGUCUAUCAAUUCAAUGUAUCGGUGGUAUCAAAAUGCAGCAGUAUGCUACGCGUACUUGGCUGAUGUCGAGACGACUGAUCCGUCGGAGGAUGCGAGCUUCGGAGAGAGCGUGUGGUUCACCCGAGGGUGGACACUGCAGGAGCUCAUUGCGCCUGCGACCGUCGAGUUCUUCAAUUGCGCCUGGCAGAAAAUCGGGACAAAAGAAAGCCUCAAGGAUAUCAUCUCGAGCAUAACCAAUAUUGAUACGACCAUGCUUGAAGGUGCGGAUCCCGAUGACUUCAGCAUAGCGAAGAGGAUGUCUUGGGCGGCGAAGCGGACAACAACGAGAUCGGAAGACAGGGCUUAUAGCCUCCUAGGGUUCUUCAAAGUCAACAUGCCCAUGUUGUAUGGUGAAGGCGAACGGGCAUUUAUCCGGCUUCAAGAAGAGAUUAUGAAGAUCUCGGAUGACCAGUCUCUCUUUGCCUGGAAGAGCACCAGCAGCAAUUAUCGCGGGUUGCUAGCGAAAUCUCCCAUGGAUUUUAUCGACUGCUUCAACAUAAUCCCAUCCAGGGUCAAAUGGAAUCGAAUUCCAUACUCCCUCACAACUAAGGGGUUGUCGAUAGAGCUACCCAUGGUAGCCUGGGCCAUGGAGACAUAUCUUGCUGCGCUUGAUUGUGAGCUGGAAAACAUUCCCAACAGUCGCAUCGGAAUCUACUUGCAACUUCUUCCAGAAAGAGAUCAGUAUGUCAGAGUGCUACUAGAAGGAAAGGACACUCGGACCUUUGAGGCAAGAUUGGCAUCGAAAGCCCAAUUCAAGCAAAUCUACAUUCGACAAAGAGAUUAUAGGGAGCGUCCGAUGAAUCGUUUGUACGGGUUCUGGAUUCGAACGCUGCCUACAAAAAUUACCACCGCUCCGCCAAGGGGAAACGACAGGGUCUCGGAGGUCAACUCAUUGAAUAAGUGGUCUGACGAGGACCGAGUUCUCGAAAUACCAACAGGAUCAAGUGGCACUGCUGGAUCAAUAUGGUUGAGUUCGGAAUCUGGAUCUCGGGCACUGAAACUAGGAUUUGAUCCAGAUUUCAACCCUGUUUGUCAGUUUGGAGGCCAUUUGUUCAGUCCUGUCAAACCCCCCAUUGAACCACAAUCUGUUGCUGCCCAGAUGGACCCUUCAUGGAUGACACUUCCACGAAGUCAGUAUCUCCAUCGUGGUGAUAGACUGUCGGGAUACUGCAAAGACGAGUAUUCCUACCGAAUAUCGAUAACCAAUGAGAUGAUUGGCAAUCGGAGAUUAUGGGUUCUGGAUAUUCUGACUCUUGAUCACGCUCUGAGACACGAUGCUGUAUGUGAUGGCUGUGGUCUCGACAUCUAUGGAACCCGAUUCAAAUGUCUGGUCUGUUCUGAUUUCGACUACUGCUCUAAAUGCACCCUGAGAGCAGAUGUGACCCACGGUUCUCAUGAUUUUCAGUCAAUUGAGCAUCCUAGAGAAGCUCCCUCUGGCGGGGAGGCUUCUGGUUUUGGACAUAAAAAUUCGCAGCGAACUCGAAGUUUUUAA